AUGAAUAAAAAUUUUGAUAAACUAAACUAUAAUAUCAUUAAUGUAAUAGUUUACUCAAUUAGUAAAAAUGAUUAUCCAACCUCAAAUAAUCUAAAAGUUUAUCAGUAUUCUUUCGUGAAUUUCAAGCCUUCCCUUGAAAUGUCGCAAAUUAUAAAAAAGAAGAAGCUGGAUUCCUCAUCUUCUGAGGAUUUCAUUCCCACUAAAAGGAUUACAACUUUAGAAGAGCUUGAAAACUACGAACGUCUUGAGGAAAGAACCAAAGUGACUAUAACUAAGGAAAAGAUACCGUUAUUUGCCAAAAAUGAAAUGUUCAGGAACAUCGUUAGGCACUCCUUAAAUUCACCUGAGUGUCGUGAAAACCAAGAAAGCGAUCAGAAAACAUAUAUUCUAAAAAGAUGGGAUUUACUCCCCUUGCCUCUGAGAGACCUAAUUACCAACGAAUCAAUCGACCAUUCCACAGUGACUCAUAAAGUAAAAUAUGAAGAUAUUACACCAGAGGAAGCCUUUAAAUUGGUGGUAAAUGACGACAUUGGAGUUAUGGUGGGCUUCGAAACAGUGGGACACAUAGCACACCUUAAUGUGCCUGAGGAGAGGUCAUCCAUUAAGAAACUUAUCGCAAAAAUAAUAAUAGACGUAAGAGCUUUUGAAGUAACAGCUUUUAGAAACACAAACAUAUUAAAACUAACAAUGGACAUAGAGCUGUUGGCUGGAGAAGAAAAUUACGUAGCAAAUUUGGUUGAAAACGGUCUAAAAUUUGAGGUUGACUUUGCAAACGUUUACUGGAACUCUAGACUAGUUAAAGAAAGGACUAGGAUAAGGGAUCUUUUAGAUUCUGAUGACAUUGUUGUUGAUAUGUUCGCAGGAGCUGGUCCAUUUGCCAUUUAUGCCUCUAAAAAGGGCUGUAGUGAAAACUACAUGAAAAGGAAUGCUAAAAUUAACAAAGUAACAGGCUUGGUCAAGGUUUUUAACAUGGAUGGAAGAGAGUUUUUAAUUGACGUUAUUAAGAAGAAUAAGAUACUGGAUAAAAACACACUCGAGUAUGAUAAAAUGGCGCUGAAGCCUACUGGAAGAGUCCACUUAAUAAUGAAUUUACCCAAAAUAGCAAUUGAAUUCCUUGGUAGCUUAGUCAUAAAUCAUACUUCUUCAGACACACUGGUUGGAUUAGCAGAUAAUAUUGAAGAGGAGAAUAUUCGAAGGUUCAUGGUGCACUGUUACUGUUUCAGUGGUUCAAAUGAAUACGAAAAUGAGAUCGAGCAACGCUUAUCUAAAUCUAUCGGCACUAAAUUACCAGAAUAUACAAUAACAAACGUAAGGGGUGUUUCACCCAAAAAACAGAUGUAUUGCAUCGAGUUUGAGUGUCCUGUUUCAAUAUUGAGAGGGAAGAAGGAGUAG